AUGUCGCUCAACAACAAAAUGUACAAGGCCGAGCUGGCGGCGCGGAAGGAGGCCCAGCGGAUCGAAGAGCUGAAGAAGGAACGGGAGGAGGAGGCCAAGCGGGAGGCACUGCGGCGGAUGAACAGGUCGACGAGCGGAAAGGACGAUGGUCCGCAGCGGAUCGAGUGGAUGUAUGCCACGCCCAUGCAGGCUGCAUCAGAGGAUGACUACAUGACAAAGGCUGCCGAGAUGGAGGAGAAAGAGCUGAAGGAGGCCAUCGCCAGGGAGAAGGCUGCACUCGCAGCCGCUCCGGGUGCUCUCUUUGUUGCCUCAAAGUCGGUCAACCAAGAGCUCGAGGCGCGCACCGUCGCCCGGGAGGAUCCCAUGUCCAUCAUCAUGGCCAAGGCCACCGAGAAGCUGGCCAACCCGUCCAAGCGUCUGCUAGUCCACGCCGGCACCGGCGCAAACACCCUUCCGCUAGGCCCGCGCACUUUGAUGGUUCCGGGUGCAGCCGUCACCAAGGAUGCGCGUGAGCGCGAGCGCGAACGCUCCCGCUCGCGGUCCCGCGAGCGCG